AUGUGGGCCUUCGGCGCCGUUGGAACCCUCCGAAAACUCCGGCUGCAAAAAGAGGUUGCCAUCGGACACGACCGAGGGGCAUUCUUCGGCAAGUCCCCAUCUGCUGGCAAAGGAGCUAAGCCGACUGUGUACCUCCUUGAUGCCUUCCAUCCUACAGCCGUGAAACAUGCGCAAUCUUUGUUUGACGCCAUUCUUCCUGAUGACAGUCGACAUGCUGAGUGGCGGGAAAAGGCGGAGUAUCUGCUCAUCCGUAGCUCGUACCUGACAGCGGAUGAUGUAAAGUUGGCCCCUAGACUCAAGGCGCUUGGCAAGCAAGGUGUUGUAGGUAUUGAUAAGAUCGAUGCCGCAGCAUGCCGCGAACGCGACAUCAAAAUCUUCAAUACCCCCGGUGUCAAUGCACAGGCUGUUGCCGAAACAGUGCUCACUCUGACCAUGUCUGUGGCACGUCAAGUAGGCCGCAUUAUCGCACUGCAAAGCGCUGGAAAGACCAUACCAAAGGAAAAGUAUUCUGGUCUCAUAAUAAGCCAAAAGACCAUUGGAAUAGUCGGUAUGGGAAACAUAGGUCAAAAGGUGGCCAGGGUAUUCCAGGGAGGCUUGGGCUGCAGCAUCGUCGCAUAUGACCCACUGCUGCCAGAAGACGCGUGGACAGACAUACCUCACACGCGCGCCAAAUCGUUGGAGCAAGUUUUGGAAACUUCUGAUGUCGUUACACUUCACAUUCCGCUUCUCCCUCAGACGCGAAAUCUUAUUGAUUACACACAAAUUUCCCCGAUCAAGCGGAACGCGAUUCUCAUCAAUGCCGCACGUGGUGGCAUUGUUAAUGAGGCCGACUUGGAGCGAGUGCUGAAAGAGGAGCUCAUCUUUGGUGCGGGUCUCGAUUGCCAUGAGCAAGAGCCACCCACACAGGAGCGAUAUGGCGGGCUUUGGGGCACCGGCCGCGUAGUAAGUACACCACAUGUUGGUGCCGCUACUGCUCAGACGCAGAUAGAGACGGCUAUGGCAGCGAUCGAUCGAUUGGCCGAGUACAUAAGGAGUCAAUAGUUGAAUGACAUUUGAUCCCAAAAAUUGCAGUC